CAGUUUAUCACGAGUGUUCAAAAAACUUUAAAUUUAUUUUCGACACUGUAAAAUAUUUAAAAUAUUUCAAAAAUUUACAUUACUGCCAUAAAAUAAUUGAAAAAAAGUAAUCUGAUAUGUGUUUUUGGACGCAAAAAUUAAGAACGAGUUUAUAAUUAAAGAUUGUAAUUAAGACUCCUCGUUUAUAAUUGGUUUGGUAAGACAUGUGAGUGUGCUCCUCUUUAGAAAUGAAGCUCAUUUCUCUUAUUGUAACUCUGAUAUUAUCAUUCAAUCAAUUUGGUAAUGCCAGUGAUUAAGACCAUAACAUUCUUCAGGUUCCAUGGAGAGUUGAGUUCCAAAAUUCCAAACUUUAUGGAGCAAAUCAUUGGCCAAACAAAAAGGCAAUCUUUAGAUUCUUAAGAAAAGGAAAAAAAUGUCACGAGGGAGAAAAAGUGACACUUUAAAAGGCAUUCAAAAUACUUUCUGUUAUCAGAUUUUGUUGAGAGAAUCCACAUUGUAAUUAAUACCAGUACCAUGAAGGACUCAUUCGAUUUGAAGCAGAUCAAUAUAAACGGAAGAAGUGAACUUUGGAUCUGAACUUACUAGGAUAAAUUUUCUAUCUUGUUUUUUGAGUUUUUGAUUGUAUGAGUUUCAUUUUAGUUUCUGGUUUCAUUAGUGAAGAAAUUCUCUGCUACAUAAUUAGCAAUUUAGAAAGAUUCUCUAAGAUGAUCAUUUGAAUAUGUAAAACUCACUCAAAAAGACAAAAUGAGAUUGCCAUAUUUUCUUUCUUCACCUAAAGCUUUCUACUUUAUGGGGGUUUCAAGAUUUCCUACAAAAUCCUGCUCUCAAUCAACACUCUUAAAAAAAGAGAAGGCUUUCUUUUUCUUGGUGAUGAUGGAGAGAGAGAGAGAGAGACAAAUGGGUAUCGGACAAUGCCGGCUGAUACCACAGCUUUACUCGUCUAGAAUCUCCGCCGUCAUGGGUAUUACACCACGUGUUUUGUUCAUGGUUCUUCCUCUCAUGGAGUGUCAUGGUGAAUUUGGAUUUGGGUAUUUUUCUUUCAGCGGAGAAAACCAAGAAAAUGAAGAAAAGUUCUCUCUUUUAUCCCAUAUCUUUACAUACUGCCAAAAAUUGCCGGCCAAAUGGCCGGCCAAGCUUCUUAUUAUUCUCUUUCUUUUUCAUGCUUUUUUGCUAUUUUCCCAAGCAGAGACCCUUUGUCUAGUUUUUUUACAGAAUGGGUUGUAUUCAGGCCAAGUCUUUGACACAAUCUUCACCUGGGAGCUUAGAGAAGUUGAAAAUGGAAAAUGGGUAUGUGGGAAAAGGUGGGAUUGUUGGACCUAGAAGAUCAACAGGUCAGACUUAUCCAGAAAGAGAGUUUGGUACUAAGCAACACAGAGCUAGAACUGUGACCAUUGAUGAUGAUGAUGAUGGUGGUGGUGGUGAUAAGCUUGGUAGCAGCAAUGGGAGUGGAUUUGAAGAUGGGAGGUUGAUUGGUAAUGAGGAAAAAGGUGAAAGAAAUGUUGGGAAUGUAUCAAAGAGAAUUUCGAUAGAGGAUGAGAAUUUGGCUGAUGGAUGGCCUCAAUGGCUUCUUGAUAAUGUUCCCAAAGAGGUUUUAGUUGGGUUGGUUCCAAAGAGUGCUGAGUCUUAUGAUAAGCUUGAUAAGGUAGGUCAAGGAACCUACAGCAAUGUGUACAAAGCAAGGGACAGGGAUACAGGACAAAUUGUUGCAUUAAAGAAAGUUCGGUUCGAAACAUCAGAACCCGAGAGUGUUAAGUUCAUGGCAAGGGAGAUAACAAUUUUGCGAAAAUUGGAUCAUCCAAAUGUAUUGAAGCUUGAAGGCUUGGCCACCUCAAGAAUGCAAUACAGUCUUUAUCUUGUGUUUGAGUUCAUGCACUCAGAUUUGUCGAGAAUAAUUUCUAGUCCCGAAAGGCUUACUGAGCCACAGAUCAAGUGCUAUAUGCACCAACUACUUUCAGGCUUGCAGCAUUGUCAUUCGAGGGGAAUUUUACAUCGAGACAUCAAAGGCUCUAACUUAUUGAUCGAUCGAAAUGGGAUGUUAAAGAUUGGGGAUUUCGGUCUUGCAAACAAUUAUAAUCAGAACCACAAGCGCCCUCUCACAAACCGAGUUGUGACACUUUGGUACAGAGCUCCUGAGCUACUACUCGGUGCUACAAAUUAUGGAGUAGGUGUUGAUCUUUGGAGUGUUGGAUGCCUAUUAGCCGAGAUGUUUACAGGACAAGCAAUCAUGGCCGGUAGGACAGAGGUUGAGCAAAUUCACAUGAUAUUCAAGCUAUGUGGCGCACCAACAGAGGAAUACUGGAAAAAAUUGAAGCUGCCAUCUUCUAUCAGAUCUCCACAACCAUACAAAUCCCGUCUAACAGAAACUUUCAGUGAUCUUCCUAUAUCGUCUUUGGGCCUAUUGAGAACUCUUCUUUCUUUGGAUCCUACAAGUCGUGGCUCGGCAGCAUCAGCUCUUCAACUUGAAUUCUUUUCCACCAACCCCUUGGCAUGUGACCUUUCUGGUUUGCCUGUUAUCCACAAUGAUGAUGACAACAUGGAUCAAGCCAUUGAUGAAAAAAAAAUCAGGAACUCUAGAAUUAGAAGAUCUCGAACACAUCGAGAGCGCAGGAAAAAAGGCUUAUCUUCUGAGAAACCUGAAGAUCCUACGGCUCCCAAAGAAGUAAAAGAUGCAGAGAAGACUGCUGAGCAGCGUAACACUCGAAUCGAAGAACCAUUUAGUACCACGACGACUACAAGUAGUAGUUCCUCCGGUGCAUACUUGCAUGGACAGAAAGAGACUAGUAGCACUACUACUACUACUACUACUAGUACCUCUUCUAGUUUAUACUUGCCUGUACAGAAGGAAAAUCUACUGUUUUCGCCCUCACCCGUUAGGCCCUCUAAUCUAAAGGUGUCGGUAAGUUCACACAGACAUUCUGAUGCGAAACAGACCGAUAAGAACCUUCCUCCUUUGCCAAAGCCGAAAAUACGCAUCACUAAUUACAGCAAUGACAAUAAAAUCAACAGGUCUGUAUCUACAAGAGAAUUUAGAAACUUAAACCAAAGGGAGCAUUUAAAACGUUAUGUGGUUGAUGAUUAAAGUAUGCUAAUUAAGAGUUUGGUAUUAUAGUUCUUGAGCAUUUGGUUUGGUUGGUUACUUCUUUCAAUUUUUGGUAUUAUUUGUUUGAAACAUAUGUAAUUCUAAACAUACCUUUUGGGCUUAAUUUUUCUUCUUCUUAAAUGCUGGUUUUAUGUAAGAACCAGCUAAUGGAAAGCAAAGGGAAAAAGGAUUAUUAUAAUUGUAAUUUGUACAUACUCUUUUAUUAAAAAGAAAGAAAGAAAUUGUUCUUA